AUGCUCCGCGUCGUUGGUAGAAGUCUCGGACUUCGUUACACGUCAUUUCGAAUGCUAAGUAGUGAGAAACCAAAGCCACCGAAGAAAACAAAAGAGGAAAUCAUGAAGGAGAAGACUCCCAAAGGGAAGCUGGAGGAUGAUAAGCCAUACGAAGAUCCUUAUCUUCCGAGACACCCAGGCGGAGUGAAUCCCAUCACUGGAGAGGUUAACCUGCCUCCUGCUGCGUUAUCAAAACUACGGCAACUGUCACUGAUCAGCCUUGCUGCGAACAGUACAUCCAAUAGGCAAAUUCCGUACGCGGAAGCGAUGCAGUACCUUCGUUUGAAUUCUGUACGAGAGUUGGAAGAUGUUGUUAUUGAUGCUAUUUACAACAAGUUUAUCAAGGCUCGUCUAGAUUCAAAGGGACAAUUUAUUGAGAUAGAUGACUGGGCUUCUCGAGAUACCCCUAUAAACACAAUUCCUACUAUAAUUGCUACUUUGAGCGAUUUUGCUCGACGGGUUGAAGAUGUACGAAAUAACGCGGUUGAGGACGCAAACAGACGAGACGCUCAAGUGGUAGCUGAUCGCAAACGGGUGCAACAAGCUGAAGCGGAACUAGCAGCUGCGCGAAAGGCUCUAGACGAGUCUGUGAUGGCAACCAUGAAUUCUCAUGAACCCACGACGUCUACUCGGUCAAAACCGUCUCGAUCGGCACGACAACGUCCAUCACAGGCAACUCCAGCAAGCAAGUAA